AUGGCUGCAGAGAUCAGAGCAGCGCCGGAGUCGGUGACAUGGCAGGAUCGAGAGAUCCGCUUCGACAUCUCAGCGGCAGCUAUGCAUCUGCGUAAGGGCGAAACGAUAGUGGAUGCUAUCAACUCGGUUGAGGACACAAAGGGCAAUAAUGGCGACCGUGGGGCUCUCGAGAUCACGAAUUUAAGGCUGUUGUGGGCCUCACACAAGUCUGUGCGAACGAAUCUGAGCAUCGGCUACAGCUGCAUUCAGAGUCUUAAGAUCCGCACAGCCACGUCCAAGCUGCGGGGUAGCACACAGGCGCUGUAUGUCAUGACCAAGUACGCUAACAGUCGCUUCGAGUUCAUCUUUACGAGUCUCGUGAAGGCCAGCCCCAGACUCUUCACUACAAUCCAAGCUGUAUUCCGGUCUUACGAGACUACCAAGCUGUAUCGAGAGCUGAAACUUCGAGGAGCGAUCAUUAAGGAGAAGGAGUUGACGCUGCUUCCUCACGAACAAGUGUAUACACGUUUGAAUGGCGUGUGGAACUUGUCAUCAGAUCAAGGGAACUUGGGUACAUUUUUCGUAACCAACGUCCGCAUCGUAUGGCACGCUAACUUGGCUGAAAACUUCAACGUUAGCAUUCCUUACAUGCAGAUCAACUCGGCUCGUAUCCGAGGCUCCAAGUUCGGUCCAGCGCUGGUCAUUGAGACGUCUGCCGUUAGUGGUGGCUACAUUUUGGGCUUCCGUGUGGAUCCAGAAGAUCGUCUUCACGAACUUUUCAAAGAAAUGCAAAGCUUGCACAGUGUUUUCUCGACGAAUCCCAUCUACGGCGUGGAGUUUGAGGUCGAGGAGAAGCCAGUUCCAUUGGAACAACUCCGACAACCUCGUAAGAUGGACGACGUCGAGAUCGAAGAAGACUAUGCCAGCUCCAUGGACGCGUUCGCAGCCUAUUACGCUGCAGUCAACAAGAACCACGACCGCCCACCAACUUUCUCGAAAGAACUCGGACUUGCCAUCGAGAGUUUACCUGAUGGCUUCAGCGUGGGAGAUCUCUGGUACGUCAACUAA